ACAAAAAUAAGUAGAAAAUUCUGAGGGGUCGGAAUAUAAGAAGAAACAGGGGAUUAACCUCGUCGGUGACGGUGAGAUCAAAAUCGGCCGGAGACAACAAAUCGAUUUAUUGGGGAGUAAGGAAUUGCCCGAAAAGCAUCUCGUAGAAAGGUAAGCAAAGGAACAGGGGCUUUAAAAUGGAGGUCGAAGGAGGAGAGCCGCUGGACGACAAGGCCAAGAGAAUGAGGGAUCUGUUGUCGAGUUUCUACUCUCAAGACCCUUCUUCCGCGACAACGCCAGCGACAAAGUCUUCGUGGCGAUAUGCCACUCUCGACACUAUCAACACCGCGUCGUUUGAUGCUGAUCUGUACAUGAAUCUCCUGGUACAAAAAUCAAAUUUGGAAGGACUUCUCCAGAAGCAUGUUGAAAUGGCUGCUGAGAUAAAAAAUCUUGACACUGACCUGCAAAUGUUAGUGUAUGAGAAUUACAACAAAUUCAUCAGUGCAACGGAUACAAUUAAAAGAAUGAAAAAUAACAUCGCUGGCAUGGAAACGAACAUGGAGCAGCUUCUUGAGAAGAUUAUGUCUGUACAAUCUAGAAGUGAUGGAGUCGACACAUCUCUUUUUGAGAAGAGAGAGCAAAUCGAGAAGGUGCAUCGCACCCGCAAUCUUUUACGUAAAGUUCAGUUUAUUUAUGAUUUGCCUGCAAGACUUGAGAAGUGCAUCAAAUUAGAAGCUUAUUCCGAUGCUGUCAAGUUUUAUGUUGGAGCCAUGCCAAUUUUCAAGGCGUAUGGGGAUUCUUCUUUUCAUGACUGUAAACGACAAUCUGAAGAGGCAGUCAAUAUAAUUACCAAGAACUUGCAGGGGAAGGUUUUCUCAGAUUCUGAGUCCAUACAAACAAGAGCUGAGGCUGUCAUGCUUCUUAAGCAGCUGGACUUUCCGGUUGAGAACCUAAAGGUUAAACUGUUUGAAAAAUUGGAACAAUAUCUUAUGGACCUGCGCCUUCAACCUACUGAAACAUCAAAAGACUCAGUGGAUGUGGAAGCUUGUUCAGAUCAGAAAGAAGUUCCUGCGUCUGUUUCUUCUGGUGCACAUGAGGCGUCAGUUCGUGAAUUUGCUGAAGCUGUGCGUGCAUAUAAAGAAAUCUUCUCACAUUCAGAACCACAGCUAUCUAAACUUGCACAUGACCUUAUUAGGAAGCACUUUGAAGCUACUCAUCAACAAAUUAAGAAGCAAAUUCACUCAGCAGAUCUUGUGGAAAUUCUACGAGUCAUUUGGACUGAUGUGCUUCUGAUGGAUGAAGUUCUCCCUGAAGCUUUGCUUCCUGAUCUUGCCUUGCAGUCUGCUCGUGAUGCUCUCAAGGACUAUUUUUCCAGUCUAUUUAAUCGUUUGUUACUUGGUAUUUCAGAUGCUAUCACGAAAGCCCAAGUAUCUCAAAGGGAGGGAAUACAUGAAGAACAUUAUAUACAGGAAGCCCUUGAGGCUAGCAGAGACGCAGUGAUACAAGGCAGUAGAAAUGUCUUACAGGAAUUUAGACAUCUUCAUGAUGAAAACUCGGCAUUGUUGGUCAAGUUGCGCGAUUUGAUAGUUGACUGGGUCCAAGAGGGUUUUCAGAAUUUUUUCAGGAAACUCGAUGGCUACUUCCGGCUGCUUUCAGGAAAGAGUCAUCCAGACAGUCAAGAGUUGAACUUUGUAGAGAAGAUUCCGGCUGAUAAAAUUUCUCCUGGGCUUGUUCUUGUGCUGGCUGAAUUAUCUCUUUUUAUUGAACAGAAUGCUAUCUCAAAAAUCACUGAGGAGAUAGCAUCUUCUUUCUCUGAUGGUGGGAUCCGUGGGUCUGAAUAUGGCCCAGCAUUUGUUCCUGCAGAAAUUUGUCGCAUUUUUCGUUCAUCUGUUGAGACAUUUUUACACCUUUACAUAAAAAUGAGAACUCAGAAGAUAUCAAUUAUGUUCAAGAAGCGGUUUGCGGCCCCUAAUUGGGUCAAGCACAAAGAGCCUAGAGAAGUGCACAUGUUUGUGGAUUUACUUCUUCAACAGUUUGAAGAAAUAGGAAAUGAAGUGAAACAAGUUUUGCCUCAAAGCAUCCAUCGGAAACAUCAUCGGACAGACAGCAAUGGAAGCACCACAUCCUCACGCAGUAAUCCUUUAAGGGAUGAUCGGCUGAGCCGGUCAACUACUCAGAAGGCUAGGAGCCAGCUUCUGGAGACACAUCUAGCAAAACUGUUUAAGCAAAAAAUGGAAAUCUUCACAAAAAUUGAACACACACAGGAAUCUGUCAUAACAACAAUAGUAAAACUUUCCUUAAAGAGCUUACAAGAAUUUGUGCGGCUUCAGACAUUUAACCGCAGCGGAUUCCAGCAAAUCCAGCUGGACAUUCACUUCCUGAAGUCCACUUUAAAGGAUAUAUCUGAAGACGAAGCUGCUGUUGAUUUCCUGCUCGAUGAGGUUACUGUCGGCACUGCGGAGCGAUGCCUUGAUCCCAUUCCUUUGGAACCUCCUAUCUUGGAUAGACUCGUCCAAGCAAAAUUGGCCAAGAACUCCGAGCAAAAAUGAGUUUUGAAAGAGUCGAGCUCAAAUUAGGGCCGAGGUUUGUUGUUGAGCCUUAAAAUGAUAAUAUUUGGCUUACUUAGACACACUUUUCAUGCAACUUCCUGAGUUUGAGUUUGAGCUUGAUGAGAUGAAGCUUAGUUGUCUUCAAUGGUGACUGUUGAAGAGAAAAUUUGUAGUAACCACACACACACAUGUAGAUGUAAUAUGUGUUUCUUUGUAGUCUUCCAUGCGAAUGAUGAAAAUAACCUUAUACAACAGGUCCAGAGUGAUAAUGCUCUAUUGACUA